AUGGCUAGCCUCCGCAACUACAGCGAAUUCUUCAGCACUCUUGUCGGCUUCUUCCUUAUCGAUGACUACCUCUGCCACACGAUGCCUGGCGCUGGGUCCAGCUACCAGACCUACCUCAACGACCUGUGGGCCAACGUGGUGCCCAAGCUGGUGCAGUUUGCCACGAAGAACGCUGAGGGCUGCAAAACCAACAGCGAGCUGCUCUGUCUCAAGCACUACAGUGUCCUGUUUGAGUAUACAAUGGCCAACCUGGGAUUCCACACUGCCGGCCUAGCUGAAAUGCUGGAGCUCAUUCGGAAACAGUAUAGUGCCCUGCUCAUUGGUCAGUGGCGCGACAAAAUCAAGGCGAUCGUGGCUGAUGAUAACUACACAGCCAUCACACUGAACAGCUCCAAAGACCUCGUUCCCCCACUGAGUACCUACCUCGCCUGCUGCAGUCCCGAAUUCUCUGCUCGGGCCUAUCCGCGGACUCUCGCCUUUUCCCCCAUGGUACCUAAACUUUUUAUGGCCAUCCGCGACUACAUCGAUGCCAGCCUCCUCUUUGUGGAGAAUGUUGACUUGUCCUGGACGGAGCUGGAGGAUACGCUCAGUCGGUCCACAAAUUCCCUCUUUACGGACUGUCUGGAUGGCGUCAUCAACCGGCUGAUCACGGACGCCGAAAAGGACCUGAUCCGUCUAAUUCAGCUGACCAUUAAUCUCACUGAGCUGGAGUCGGCCUGCGAACAUUUGCAGGCUUACCUACACGAGCACGCC